CAGCCGUUACUAUAAAACGGUACCUAUAUAUACAUGCCAUCAAGUAGUAUCUUCUCUUCAUUCCGCAACCAAGAGAAACAAUGGCUUGCAGUCGAGACAUAUUCCUAUCUGCCACCUUCGCCGUCCUGUCAAUCCUAUCACUCCCAAGGGCGACGCACGGCUGGGCGAACGGCGGCGCAACGUGGUACGGCGGCCCUAACGGCGACGGCAGCGAAGGUGGCGCGUGUGGUUAUAAAAGCGAUGUCGGCCAGGACCCGUUCUCGUCGUUGAUCGCCGCCGGCGGAGUGGGCAUCUUCAAGAACGGCAAAGGCUGCGGUUCAUGCUAUCAGGUCAGGUGCAAAGAGAACCCGGAAUGCUCCGGCAAGCACGUGACCGUCGUCAUCACCGACCAGUGCCCCGACGCGCAGUGUCAGAAGAGGCCGCACUUCGACAUGAGCGGCACCGCCUUCGGCGCCAUGGCCAAGCCCGGGAUGGCCGAUAAACUGCGUAACGCCGGAGUCCUCAAUAUCGAAUUCGAGAGGUCAAAAACGCAUUCGAGUUUUGUUUUACAGAUCGAUCUCGUCCGAUUAACGUUCUGCACAUGCACGGUGCCGUGCAAGUACCAUGGCAAGAAGAUUAGCUUCAAGAUGGACUCGGGCGCCAACCCAUUCUACCUCGCCAUGCUGGUCGAAUACGAGGCCGGCGACGGAGACCUUAACUCCGUGGAAGUCAUGGAGGCCGGCGGCAAAAAAGGCUACGCCAAGUGGGAAAAGAUGCGGCAGUCGUGGGGCGCCCUGUGGUGCAUGGAGUCCAAGACCGGGAAGCCUCUGGAAGCCCCAUUCUCCUUCCGGCUCACCUCGAGUUCCGGCAAGGUGCUCGUCGCCAAUAAUGUCGUCCCCGCCGGGUGGAAUGCUGGGAAGUGCUACGAGUCCAAGGUGAACUACCCCGCCUGAAGGCCUGCUUGGUGGCGGAACCAGGACUCUUUGGAGCGUGGACAAGCCACAGGUCAAAUAAAUGGUGAACAACCGAUAUGAGUACCUAACAAAUGGUCAACAAUUCGUGAUGCGCAAUCGGAUAGAUAUAUUUCAUCAUGUAACUAUGAGUACAAAAUUUGAAACUCUGAGAUCUGUUGGAAAUUAGCACUCACUUAACGUAAAAUCUGCAUGUAUAGUUUUAUCACCAUUUUGUAUAGUAUUAAUUCAAAGAUCGUUGGAUAACGUGGAAGAAAAUGUAUGCAUCAACAUA